AUGGGCAAACCCAGAUCUCCUUUGCCUUCUUCUUCUCUGCAUUUCGUUUUCAGCCCUGUUCUUGAUAUUUAUCGCCUACCCAUUCUAAUUAUAUUGUUGGGUUUUAGGAAUUUGGUAUAUGGGAUUGAUGAUUUUGAUUCAUUGAUCGAGCUGCCACGAUAUAUUUCCUCCGAGUCUUUCUGGAAUUCAAGUAGUGACUCAAGCAUUGUUCUACAAGUUCAUGACUUUGGAGCUGAAGGAAAUGGCAUUGUUGAUGAUACAGAGGCUUUUGGAGAAGUAUGGAAGAUAGCAUGUUCUUCGCCUAUACCAGCUAAAAUUGUUGUUCCUGGUAGAAAGACAUUCUUGCUUCGGCCAAUUGACUUCGCUGGGCCUUGCAAGUCUAAUUUGACCUUGAGGAUUGAUGGUACAAUUGUUGCACCCAAGGAUCCUGAAAUUUGGAAAGGCUUGGACCCUAAUAAAUGGCUAUAUUUUCACCAAGUCAAGUAUCUCACUGUUGAGGGUAGAGGGACCGUUGAUGGCAAUGGCCACAAAUGGUGGGCUCGAUCUUGCAAGAUUAACCAAACAAAUCCAUGUCGACGCGCUCCAAAGGCCAUAACAUUUCACAAGUGUAGGAACCUUAAAGUGAGGUACCUUACGGUGAUUAACAGUCAACAGAUGCACAUGGCUUUUACUAGCAGUAGACAGAUUGCGAUAUCCCAUCUCAGCAUUCUUGCACCUCCUCAUAGUCCAAAUACAGAUGGAAUUCACAUCAGUGCAUCUACAAAUGUUGAGAUUAAGAGUAGUGUGAUAAGCACAGGCGAUGAUUGCAUAUCAAUAGUCAGUAAUUCCUCAAAAAUUCGUGUCAAGGAUAUUACCUGUGGACCUGGUCACGGUAUUAGUAUUGGAAGCUUGGGGAAAAACAGUUCUUGGGAUCAGGUGCAUGACGUCGAAGUUAAUGGAGCAUUUCUGUCCAACACUGAAAAUGGUGUGAGGAUAAAAACUUGGCAGGGAGGCAGUGGUUAUGUGAGAAAGAUAACAUUUGAGGAUGUGAUAAUGGAAAAUGUUUCAAAUCCAAUCAUCAUAGAUCAAUAUUACUGCGACUCCUUUGAUCCUUGCCCAAAUCAGACUUUGGCGGUUAAUAUCAGUGGCAUAUCAUAUAUUGGGAUCAAAGGAACUUCAGCUACAGAGGAAGCUAUAUCAUUUGCAUGCAGUGAUAACUCCCCAUGUAAAGGGCUACAUCUGGAUGACAUUCAACUGGUUUCAUACACGGGGGAUUUUACAACCUCAUUUUGCUGGGAAGCAUAUGGCUCGAGUUCGGGUUAUGUGUACCCAUCUCCUUGCUUCUCAAGUAAUGAUGACCAUAUCAUUCUGCAAAAGACUCAGUCUAGCUCAAUUCAAUCCAUUUGA